AGAAGAACCUGCAGUUUGUCAGUUCUACAGGCUUCUCGAACCUUCGCCAUGGGAGAUUCCGAAGACGACCUCGCAUCCGAAAUGAGCACCAUGCAGAGCAGCGUCCAGCAAAGCGGGUUUCAGAGCGGGUUUCAGAGCGGGUUUCAGAGCGGGAUCGAGGAUCCCAACAAACCCGACGAGGAUAGCAUUCCGGAUUCCGUGGUCACCAUCAUCAUCUGCACGAUCAUCGUCCUUUUCAUUAUCUUUAUUAUCCUUCUUAUUCUGGUGCUGAACAUCUACUUAUUCAGUACAGAGACGGAAACGGAAGAUGAGGACACAUCCGCUGCGUUCGAGUACAUGACUGGAAAUAUGAGUACAGAGCCGGCAGGAACGGGGAUCACUCCAGCGAAAUCAUCAUCGUCAUCUUCACGACCACCAGGACCUCCAGGACCUCCAGGACCACCAGGACCACCAGGACCUCCACGACCACCAGGACCACCAGGACCACCACGACCUCCACGACCUCCACGACCUCCAGGACCACCAGGACCACCACGACCUCCACGACCUCCAGGACCACCAGGACCACCAGGACCUCCAAAACCCCCGGGACCUCCAAAACCCCCGGGACCUCCAAAACCCCCGGGACCUCCACGACCCCCGGGACCUCCACGACCCCCGGGACCUCCACGACCACCAGGACCACCGGGACCUCCAGGUCCGCCUCUAAUUGAGACCACAACGACGACCACGACCACUACAACGACGACCACGACCACUACAACGACGACCACGACUACUACGACGACCACGACUACUACGACAACCACGACUACUACAACGACGACCACAACUACUACAACGACGACCACAACUACUACAACGACGACGACAACUACAACGACGACGACGACCACGACUACAACGUCGUUCCCUUGGCCAGUUCGCCCAGGUCAACGAGUGACCCCAGGACGUACCUUCUCGCUUAUCUGCGCUUACCGAGAUCCAAUAACGAGCACAGAGUUGCUGCGCGAAGGCUUUUCGACGUCGUUCACCUGCACAGACUUCGUGUACCUAAGGUUGUCUGGUGAUAGGUCUACUCCAAACAAGGUGCUGGUUGAUUUGGACGAGAACCUUGAUGACGAAGGUGAUGAACUCCGACGAGAUGACCUUAUGAACAGCACCUGGUAUGCUGGCAUAGAAGGUUCCCUCUUCUGGAGAAUGGUCGGUGAGCAAGACUGGACUAAGGAUGAAGUAAAACAGAAAUUCCGCGCGAAACUCGAAACAACCACUUACACGGACAGAUAUGAUGGAUUUGCCAUUAUCAACACCAUACUCCAAAGCCAAAGGGUCGCUGGACCUCCUGCUAAAGGUGUGAUGGGUGAUCUGUCCGACUGUUUAUUGCAGGUAUGGAGAACCGAUAUGGUGCCAUCCAACAUGAGCUUCAUGCACUUUGCAGCUGCUUGGUCAGAUGUCAACCGGGAUACUGCUGUCGCUUUCCUCAGGAAUGUGGACAUCACCGGACUGUCAUCGCACAACACUACUGGUGAUACAAGCAAGACACUUGAUAAAACCGACCUGAAAGAAUAUUUCAAUGCACCGAACCCAAUCCGGAGCAUUCCUGGAUUUAAAGACAUGAGAUACAUUGUGCAGACACAGAUGCCGAACUACCGACAACAAGGGAACAUGAAUCCGACUUGUUUCUCAGUGUCUGCUGCAGUCAACAGCGCAGUACUUUUCAACAUUGGUGGCUUGGCAGACUACCUGACUGCGGCAAUCAUCGGUGAUGCGAAGCGUUUGCGUCGAAAAGAUCUCUGUGACGGAACCCGGCUGAAGGGGCACGAGUACGAGUUCGAAACAACGACACAAACUCACGUGUACAAGCACCCUCUGAUGAAGUCAGUGUACAUGUUCGACACAACGGACACAUUGAAAAAAAAGGUAGAGGAACUGUUGGAUCUGUAUCCCGAUGGCCGGUGCAUUCUCAUGGAUAGCUUCGAAUCUGACUGGAUUGACAAUGGGACUACUUGCAAUCUCCAGGCGGGCAGCAAGACGAUCACAUUCGUACACGGGGAGUUAACGAAGGUUGUACACGACGUCAUGCGUGACCGCUACGGGGGACCAUUCGUCUAUUAAAAAUAAUGCCCCAAUAAACUCCGUGUAGCCGUGUGAGCUGGAAACGGAUCGAUUACGCUCUU